UGUAAGCCCUUGGUUGGACCGUGUUUGGGCCUGAAAAUAUACUGUGCCAGUUUUUAAAAAGAAGUAUAUUAGAUUAGUGUGAUUUCGGGUUUGGUUUUUGCGUGUUUUUGUUUCCUCGAGUAGCUUCAACUAUUUACCGCCCCGCCGGAGAAGGAGAAGAAGGAUCUGUGUCGUGUUGUGUCGCCAUGUCUCGGGUUGACAACAGAAAUUCCUCAGCCGCCAAGCGUGCCAGGACUGAUGGUAGCCGUAGGGAAGAUGAUUGGACUUGCCCCAGCUGUGGUAAUGUCAAUUUCUCUUUCAGGACAACUUGUAACAUGCGUAAUUGCACUCAACCAAGGCCAGCUGAUCAUAAUUCGAAAUCUGCUGCCAAGCCUCUACAAGCUCCACAGGGUUAUUCAUCUGCAGCUCCUUAUUUAGGUUCUAAUGCUCCAUCUUCUAUAUAUCUUAGUGUCCCACCAUAUGGGUCUUCUCUGUUCAAUGGAUCAUCAGUUCCUCCCUAUGAUGUUCCAUUUUCUGGAGGAUCAGCAUAUCACUACAAUUAUGGUAGUCGCCUUUCUGCUGGAAGUCCUUAUAGACCAUUGCAUUUAUCUGGACCUGCACCCUACACCGGUGGGCCAGUGAUGGGAAAUGGUGGGAUCUAUGGAAUGCCCCAACUGUUGGAUCGCUAUGGCCUGGGUGUGCCUAUUGGACCUGGGACAAUGGGUGCCAGACCUGGAUUUUUUCAUGAUGAUAAGUCUCAGAAAAAAGAUGCAACUCGUGACAAUGACUGGACAUGUCCAAAAUGUGGCAAUGUCAAUUUCUCAUUCAGAACUGUCUGCAACAUGAGAAAGUGCAACACACCUAAACCCGGAUCUCAGGCCUCAAAGUCCGACAAAAAUUCUAAGCAAAAGAUGCCUGAGGGAAGCUGGAAGUGUGAAAAAUGUAACAACAUAAACUAUCCUUUCAGAACCAAGUGCAACAGACAGAAUUGUGGUGCUGACAAGCCUGCUGAGUCUGAUAAAUCUCCUUCACCAUCUGCUGAUCAGAAUGAUCAGUGAGUACUAGGACAUGUUUGAGGGUUGAGAAGGUCCAGAGUUGUCAUCAAGAAUUGCUCAGUUUCGGUGUCUGACAGUCAGUCUUGUCGUCCUCUAUGUUGCAGCAGUUGUCAAGUCACUCACCUUCUCAAUAUGUGUCAAGUUGUUGUAUUAACUGAGAUGGUAUUUUGGUCUUUGUGGAUUGUUAUGAUGCAUGUGUCAGCCAACUUUCCUGGCACAAAGGUUAUUGCAGUUUCCAGUUUUAAGUUUUUGGUUCAUGAAUGUCUGUGUUUAAGUAUUACUCUAGAUGCCUCAAGAAUAUGAAGAUUCUGAGUUUUUAGAUUUAUUAGGUGGCAUUUAGUUUUGGGUAGUAGAUGAAAGUGUCUUCCUAACAUACCACUUAGGAUAUGUGCAUCAGUAUUUGUUACAGAAGCCAUUUUCUCUCAUGCUAUUGCUUGAGCUACAUGGAUGAUUCAUGUCGUGUCGUUGAAUUAAAGUUGGCGGUAGAUUAUUUAGUUGUUUUUUUUAGUUUCAUUUAGACAAGCUUUCCUAGCCCGAUAAUAUUUUAGGGUUUUGGGUAAUCUUUUAUGUACCUUGAGUGCUAAUCUUCGUGUUUCUGGUAUCUCACUCUUACAUUUUGUUUCGCUACUCUAAUAUUUGGUGGAUGUCAAGUAGGUAUCUGUUGUCCUUUAUGAAUCGUGUCAAUUGGGCAAUUUAGUAGUCCAUCGGAAUUAUUCUCUGAAAUCAUAGUUCGCGAAUUUGUGUAAAAGUUAGUAUCUGAAUUUAUGACUAGCAUCACGGUAGUCAUUCUUUUAGCCCAUAGCCAAGAAGGACUUGUUUGAUAAAGGUUUUGUUAAUAUAGACUAGAAUACAUUAACAAAAUUCAACGACCAGCUGAUGAUUUCAAGGAUGGACUUAGAUGUCUAUAAAUAUUUAAGUAUUCAGUGUAGUGCUGCUUCGUACGAAUCGGACCAUAAAUCCAUGCAGAGGAUGGUUGGGAGAAGAGAUGAAGUAACCUGAUAUUGUACUCCCAAGAAGCUUUCAAUAUGCUUUAUUCUAGAAGCACGUCGGACUUUGACGAAUGAUUGGUAGGAAGUCUGCUAGUAGGGUGUUCUUCAUUGCUGGGUCUCACUACGUUAGCUGCAUUUUUGUAUUUAAAAGUAACCUUGAUUUGAGUUAUUAGGAUUAAAUUUUACCCAUAACUUAGAAUGUCGUAUAACUUUCGGCCUGCAUGAGGCUCAUUAAAUCACAAUCCAUUUUACCU